CCCCCACGCGCAGUCCGAGCUGCGCACGCGUGGUGCGAGCGGCCAGCUUAUUCCUCGGCCGGGCUCGCGGUGUAGCCGAGUGACCCGGCAGCACUGGCACCGCCGCUGGAGCCGGCCGGGAGCCGGUAAGCCGAGUUGUCUCGAGGCAGGAGCAGCGCGGGCACUGCCGCGGGUGCCUUCCGCGGCUGAGGAGAAUGGUCUUCGAGUCGUUGGUCGUGGACGUGCUGAACCGGUUCUUGGGGGACUAUGUGGUGAACCUGGACGGGUCUCAGCUCUCUCUGGGCAUCUGGAAAGGAGCUGUGGCCCUCAAGAACCUUCAAAUUAAAGAAAAUGCAUUGAGUGAACUGGAUGUACCAUUCAAAGUUAAGGUUGGUCAUAUAGGUAGUCUUAAACUUAAAAUUCCAUGGAAAAACCUUUAUACUCAACCAGUUGAAGCUGUUUUGGAAGAAAUCUAUUUACUGAUAGUGCCUUCUUCUAGAAUAAAAUAUGAUCCCAUCAAAGAAGAAAAGCAACUAAUGGAAGCAAAGCAACAGGAACUAAAAAGAAUAGAAGAAGCAAAACAGAAAGUAGUUGAUCAAGAAAAUCCUCUGGAGGAGAAACAGGACACUUUUACAGAAAAAUUAAUUACUCAAAUCAUAAAAAACCUUCAAGUGAAAAUUUCCAAUAUCCAUGUUCGUUAUGAAGAUGAUAUCACAAAUCAAGACAAACCACUCUCAUUUGGUAUUUCCCUUCAAAAUCUCAGCAUGCAGACAACUGAUCAAAACUGGAUUCCAUGUUUACAUGAUGAAACUGAGAAACUAGUUCGGAAGCUAAUCCGGUUAGAUAAUCUCUUUGCUUACUGGAAUCCGAAGUCUCAGAUGUAUUAUCUGAAUGAUUAUGAUGAAUCAUUGGAAGCCUUGAAAAAUGGUAUUGUCAAUGAAAAUAUUGUUCCAGAAGGUUAUGAUUUUGUUUUUCAACCUAUAUCUGCUAAUGCCAAACUUCAGAUGAACCGGCGAUCAGAUUUUGACUUUUCUGACCCCAAAAUAAACCUGGAGGUUGAGUUACAUACCAUAGUGAUUGAGUUUAAUAAACCACAGUAUUUCAGUCUCAUGGAGCUUCUCGAGUCAGUUGACAUGAUGACACAAAACCUGCCAUAUAGAAAAUUCAAGCCCGAUGUGCCUCUUCACUACCAUGCUAAAGAAUGGUGGGCUUAUGCUAUACACGGUAUUCUUGAAGUAAAUGUUUGUCCCCGUUUACGGAUGUGGUCAUGGAAGCAUAUUAGAGACCAUAGACAGAAAAUGAAACAAUAUAGAGAAUUGUAUAAGAAAAAGUUAACAAGUAAGAAGCCAUCUCCUGAAAUUCUCAUGUCUUUGGAGGAGUUGGAGAAAACCUUGGAUGUUUUUAAUAUAACCAUAGCUAGACAACAGUCAGAAGUUGAGGUAAAGAAAGCUGGAUACAAGAUUUACAAAGAAGGAGUAAAAGAUCCAGAGGAUAAUGCAGGAUGGUUUAGCUGGCUGUGGACUUGGUCAGAAUCAAAUGCUAAACAACCACUAGAAGUUAAACCUGGAAUUCUUGAAGAAAUGUUGACACCUGAAGAAAAGGUUUUACUUUAUGAAGCAAUUGGUUAUAGUGAAACAGCAGUUGAUCCAACCUUGCCAAAAACAUUUGAGGCCUCGAAGCUUUUUGUUCACUUGAAAAGUAUGUCUAUUAUUCUGAGAGAAAAUCUCCGAAAGCCAGAGCUGGUAGACAUUGUAGUAGAAGGCCUUAGUACUUUGAUUGUGCAAAGACCAGGAGCACAAGCCAUAAAAUUUGAAACCAAGAUUGAUUCAUUUCAUAUUACUGGUUUACCAGAUAAUUCGAAAAAACCCCACCUACUGUCUUCAUUGGAUGAUAUGUCACUCUUCCAGAUUACAUUUGAAACAAAUCCUUUAGAUGAAACCGUUGCUCAGAGGUGCAUCAUAGAGGCUGAACCUUUAGAGAUAAUUUAUGAUGCAAGGACAGUCAAUAGUAUAGUGGAGUUCUUCAGACCUCCAAAAGAUGUCCACCUAGAACAGCUUACUUCAGCAACUUUGACAAAACUUGAAGAAUUUCGAGAUAAAACAGCAACAGGUUUGCUGUAUAUUAUUGAAACACAGAAAGUUCUUGAUCUCAGAAUUAAUGUGAAGGCUUCCUAUGUUAUUGUCCCACAAUAUGGGAAUUUUAGCCCUACAUCAAAUCUACUUCUCUUGGAUCUUGGUCAUUUAAAGGUGACAAGUAAAAGUCGAUCAAGAUUACCAGAAAUGAAACUAAGUGGGGCCAGCCUUGAAGAGAUAAUGCAUAGAGCUUAUGAUUCUUUUGAUAUUCAGCUUACAAGCAUACAGUUGCUUUACAGUAGAGUGGGUGAUAAUUGGAAAGAAGCUCGAAGGCUCAAUGUAUCUACACAGCAUAUUUUGACACCUAUGCAUGUCAAUAUAGAACUCUCUAAAGCCAUGGUUUUCAUGGAUGUCAAGAUGCCCAAAUUCAAGGUUUCUGGAAAAUUACCUCUUGUUUCGUUACGAAUCUCGGAUAAAAAAUUUCAAGGGAUUAUGGAAUUGUUUGAAAGCAUUCCAAAACCUAAACCCAUAACUGAUCUACCUGCCCCUGCCAAAUCAUUCCAGAUUCAAGCAUCUACUUCUUUGCCAGUAUCACAGAUUUCUCAGAAGUUAAUCCCUUUAUUUGAACAGCCUUCUGUUGCUGAAGACGAUUCAGAGGAGGAAUUUUUUGAUGCACCCUGUAGUCCUUUGGAAGAUUAUCCUCAAAUUCUAUCUAAAUUUAAAAGUUGUGGACCUAAAAAAUUACAAAAGAAAAAUAGUUCAAUGAAUUUAAUUCAACUUAAGAUGCGGUUUGAAGUAGCAGAGGUUUUGAUUCAAUUUUAUCACCUUGUGGGAGACUGUGAACUACCCGUGCUAGAAAUGGGUGUUUUAGGAUUGGGUACAGAAGUUGAGAUUAGAAAAUUUGAUUUGAAAGCAAAUGCCUUUUUGAAGGAGUUCUGGUUAAAAUGUCCAGAAUACUUAGAUGAAAACAAGAAACCAAUUUAUUUGAUCACCACCCUGGAUAACACAAUUGAGGAUUUGUUAACAAUGGAAUUUGUGAGGGCUGAAAAAAAUGCACCCAAUUUGAAAUGUACCUAUAACAAUGUUUUACAACUUAUUAAGGUUAAUUUUUCCUCUCUGGAUAUUCAUUUACACACUGAAGCACUUCUCAAUACAAUGAAUUAUCUUAAUAAUAUCCUGCCACAAUUAGAGCAACAGUCUGCCCCAGUGUCUGCUGCAGAGACUGAAGACAAAGGAGAUAUCAUUAAAAAACUUGCUUUAAAGCUACCCACGAAUGAAGAUAUUAUUACCUUGCAGCUUUUGGCAGAAUUAUCUUGUUUACGGAUUUUUAUUCAGGAUCAGAAACAAAACAUUUCUGAAAUUAAGAUUGAAGGGCUUGAUUCUGAGAUGAUUAUGAAGCCAUUAGUUACUGAAAUAAAUGCAAAACUAAGGAAUAUAAUUGUGUUAGAUUCUGAUAAAAUGGCUGUAUACAAAAAGGCUGUUUAUAUCACUGGAAAAGAAGUUUUCAGCUUCAAAAUGAUUUCUUACAUGGAUGCAACUGCUGGCUCUGCAUACACAGAUAUGAAUGUGGUUGAUGCUCGAGUUAAUUUAACUGUUGGUUGCAUUGAGGUUGUGUUUGUCACAAAAUUUCUAUAUGCUAUAUUGGAUUUUAUAGAUAAUUUUCAAGCAGUUAAAAAUGCCUUGGCUGAAGCAACUGCUCAAGCAGCAGGAAUGGCUGCUGAUGGUGUAAUGGAACUGGCUGCAAGAAGUUCAAGGUUUGCAUUGGAUGUUAACAUAAAAGCUCCUGUUGUGCUCAUCCCACAGUCUCCAGUGUCUCAGAAUGUUUUUGUUGCUGAUUUUGGAUUAAUUACAAUGAAAAAUACAUUUGUUACUGUAAAAGAAACCCAGAGUAAUCUCCCACCUGUAAUUGAUUUGAUAACAAUAAAGUUGAGUGAAAUGAGACUAUACAGGUCUCAGUUUUUUAAUGAUGCAUACCAGGAAGUACUAGACCUGCUACUACCUUUGAACCUGGAAGUGAUUGUUGAACGAAACUUAUCCUGGGAAUGGUACAAGGAAGUUCCUUGUUUUAAUGUAAAAGGCCAGCUAAAACCCAUGGAGUUUAUUCUUAGUCAAGAAGAUUUAACAACCAUCUUUCAAACAUUGUAUGGCAAUAUAUGGUAUGGACGAGAUGAUUAUGCCUCAUCUUCUAGAAGUAACAACCAUGAGAUUGUGACUAGUGGAGCCGCCAGUGUUUCCUGCCAUUCGGGAGCAGCUACUAUGGUGACAGCUGCUGUGGUGGAGGUACACCCACAGGCUUCUCAAGCUAAUACGACAAUUAACGUGAGUUUCAGAACUGAUUAUCUCACUAUGGCACUUUACAGUCCAGGGCCUGAACAGGCCUUCUUUACAGAUGUCCGUGAUCCUUCUCUAAAACUUGCUGAAUUUAAAUUGGAGAAUAUUAUAAGUAGUUUAAAAUUGUAUACAGAUGGCUCUACAUUUUCUUCUUUCUCAUUAAAAAACUGUAUUUUAGAUGAUAAAAGGCCUCAUGUCAUGAAAGCCACUCCUAGAAUGAUAGGACUGACACUUGGGUUUGACAAAAAGGACAUGGUGGAUGUAAAGUAUAGAAGCAUCAGAGAUACUUCUGUGACUGAUGUAGUUGUCCAAGAGAUGUAUGUUUGUGCAAGUGUGGAGUUUCUGAUGACAGUUGCACAUGUCUUUUUUGAUGCCUACACAACUAGUACGGCUUUAGAAACCAGUGUUCAAACAUGGACUACUAAAGAAGCACCUGUACAGGAUUUAGGGAAGUGGGAAAUUAAUAUUCUUAUAAAAAACCCUGAGAUUGUGUUUGUGGCUGACAUGACAAGAAAUGAUGCUCCUGCCUUAGUCAUUACAACACAGUGUGAAAUUUGCUGUAAAGGGGACCCUGAAAGCAAUACAGUGACUGCUGCCAUUAAAGAUCUCCAAGUCAGAGCAUGCCCAUUUCUUCCAGUCAAGAGAAAGGGCAAAAUCACCACUGUUUUGCAGCCUUGUGACUUGUUUUAUCAGGCUACUCAGAUAGGAACAGAUCCACAAAUGAUUGACAUUUCAGUAAAAUCUCUUACACUAAAGGUUUCACCAGUUAUCAUAAAUACCAUAAUAACUGUUACUUCUGCACUUUAUACAACUAAGGAAAGCAUCCCAGAAGAAAACACUUCUUCUAUAACACAUUUAUGGGACAAGAAGGAUACUAAGAAUCUGAAAAUGUGGUUUCUUGAAGAAUCAAAUGAAACAGAAAAAGUAGCUCCCACAAAUGAAUUGAUGCCGGGAGGAGAGACACUGACCUUGAAUGUUGAUUCUAUUUUUAUAGUUCUUGAAGCUGGAGUUGGUCAUAGAACAGUGCCGAUGCUAUUGGCAAAGGCACGCUUGUUUGGGGAAAGCAAAAACUGGAGGACUUUAAUAAACCUCUAUUGUCAGCUUGAACUGGAAGUUCACUAUUAUAAUGAAAUGUUUGGUGUUUGGGAACCUUUACUGGAACCCUUAGAAAUUGAUCAGACUGACGAUUUUAAACCAUGGAAUCUUGGAAUCAAGAUGAAAAAGAAAGCAAAACAGUCCAUUGUUGAGUCAGAUAGUGAAGAAGAAAACUACAAAGUACCAGAAUACAAAACUGCCAUAAUUUUUUAUUCUAAGGACCAAUUAAACAUUACACUAUCCAAAUGUGGCCUUGUGAUGUUAAAUAAUUUAGUCGAGGCAUUUACGGAAGCUGCUACUGGAUCUUCAGCUGUCUUCCUAAGAGAUCUAGCACCGUUUAUGAUUUUAAAUUCUCUUGGACUUACUGUCUCUGUUUUACCAAGUGAUUCUUUUAAUGUACUCAAUGUUCCUAUGGCAAAAUCAUAUGAACUGAAAAAUGAAGAGAGUUUAAGUAUGGAUUAUGUACGAACUAAGGACAGUGAUCAUUUCAAUGCAAUGACCAGCCUAAGCAGCAAACUCUUCUUCAUUCUCCUUACACCUGAUAACCACUCUACUGCUGACAAGAUCCCUUUAACAAAAGUAGGACGGCGCCUGUACACAGUGAGACACAGAGAGUCUGGAGUUGAAAGAUCUAUUGUUUGUCAAAUUGACACAUUUGAAGGAAGUAAGAAGGUAACAAUCCGCUCACCAGUGCAGAUUAAGAAUCAUUUUUCAAUUCCAAUUUCCGUUUUUGAAGGGGAUACUUUAUUGGGAAUUGCCUCACCUGAAAAUGAAUUCAACAUACCAUUAUCAUCUUACCGAUCAUCCCUUUCUUUGAAGCCGGAAGAUGAAGACUACCAGAUGUGUGAAGGAAUUGACUUUGAAGAAAUCAUAAAAUAUGAUGGACAACUUCUAAAGAAGAGAUGUAGAUCUAUACACCCUUCUAAAAAAUCAUUUGUUAUUAAUAUUGUCCCAGAAAAAGAUAAUUUGACUUCUCUGUCAGUGUAUUCAGAAGACGGCUGGGACUUACCAUAUGUAAUGCACUUGUGGCCACCUAUUCUCAUUCGCAAUCUUCUUCCCUACAGAAUUGCUUAUUACUUAGAGGGCAUUGAAAACACAGUUUUUACUCUAAGUGAAGGACAUUCAUCACAGAUUUAUAAUGUUCAAAUGGACAAUGCCAAGCUAUACUUAAAAUUGCUUGACUAUCUUAAUCAUGAUUGGAAAAGUGAAUUUCAAAUAAAAUCUAAUCAACAGGACAUCAAUUUUAUCAACUUUACCUGUCUCACAGAAAUGGAAAAGACUGAUUUGGAUAUUGCAAUCCAUAUGACUUACAAUACUGGUCAGACAAUUGUGGCAUUUCAUAGUCCAUAUUGGAUGGUCAAUAAAACUGAACGAAUGUUACAAUACAAAGCAGAUGGAAUUCACCGAAAACAUCCACCUAAUUAUAAAAAGCCAGUUCUCUUUUCCUUUCAGCCAAAUCAUUUUUUUAACAACAAUAAGGUUCAGCUUAUGGUAACUGAUAGUGAGCUCUCGGAUCAGUUUUCAAUUGAUACUGUUGGUAGUCAUGGAGCCAUUAAAUGCAAAGGCCUGAAAAUGGAAUACCAAGUUGGUGUCACUAUAAACCUCAGCAGUUUUAACAUUACCAGAAUUGUGAUAUUUACUCCUUUUUAUAUGAUUAAAAACAAAAGCAAAUACCGUGUAUCAGUGGCAGAAGAAGGAAGUGAUAAAUGGUUCUCUCUUGACUUAGAGCAGUGUAUCCCCUUUUGGCCUGAGAAUGCCUCCAAUAUUCUUCUUAUUCAAGUUGAAAGGAGUGAAGGUCCUCCCAAAAGGAUACAUUUUAACAAGCAAGACAGUUGUAUUUUAUUGCGUCUGAAUAAUGAGCUUGGAGGAAUUAUUGCAGAAGUUAAUUUGGCUGAGCACUCUACAGUUAUUACGUUUUCAGAUUACCAUGAUGGAGCAGCUACAUUCCUACUAAUAAAUCAUACCAAGAAUGACCUUGUUCAGUACAAGCAAAGUUCUCUCAGUGAAAUAGAAGAUUCCCUUCCUCCUGGAAAAGCGGUUUAUUAUACAUGGGCUGAUCCAGUGGGCUCUAGAAAGCUGAAGUGGAGUUGUGGGCAAAGCCAUGGUGAAGUAACACAUAAGGAUGAUAUGAUGACACCUAUAAGUGUGGGGAAGAAAGUCAUUUAUUUAGUGUCAUUCUUUGAAGGCUUGCAGCGUAUUAUUUUAUUCACUGAAGAUCCAAAAGUGUUUAAAGUAACAUAUGAAAGUGAAAAGGCAGAAUUAGCAGAGCAAGAAAUUGUAUUGGCUUUACAAGAUGUUGGAAUUUCACUUGUCAAUAAUUACACCAAGCAAGAAGUAGCCUAUAUAGGCAUUACAAGUUCUGAUGUGGUUUGGGAAACAAAACCAAAGAAAAAGGCAAGGUGGAGACCAAUGAGUGUAAAACACAAUGAGAAGCUGGAGAAGGAAUUGAAGGAAUACCUGGAGUCUUCACCGUUGGAAGACAAGGUUAUUGAGCUGGACAGUAACAUUCCGGUUCGCUUAACACCUAGUGGCAAUGAUAUGAAAAUUCUGCAACCACAUGAGAUACCUUUACGGAGAAAUUACCUCCCAGCACUAAAAGUAGAAUAUAACACAUCUGCACACCAGUCAUCAUUCAGAAUUCAAAUUUAUAGAAUACAGAUCCAAAACCAGAUUCAUGGUGCUAUUUUUCCUUUCGUGUUUUACCCUGUUAAACCUCCAAAGUCUGUCACCAUGGACUCAGCACCAAAGCCCUUUACAGAUGUUAGUAUUGUCAUGAGAUCUGCAGGACAUUCCCAAAUAUCACGCAUUAAGUAUUUCAAAGUGUUGAUUCAAGAAAUGGAUCUCAGAUUGGAUCUUGGAUUUGUAUAUGCCAUAGCAGAUCUUGUCACAAAAGCCGAGGUGACUGAGACAACAGAGGUUGAAUAUUUUCAUAAAGAUGUAGAAACAUUUGAACAAGAGUAUGAAACAGUUUCAUCAGUAGAUCAAUCUCAAAUCAAUCUCUUUGAAUAUUUUCAUAUAUCUCCUAUCAAGUUGCAUUUGAGUGUUUCACUGAGCUCUGGUAGAGAAGAAGGUAAAGAUUCAGGACAGCGUGGAGGACUAAUUCCUGUUCAUUCUUUAAAUCUUUUACUGAAGAGUAUUGGUGCCACCCUUACAGAUGUACAAGAUGUAGUUUUUAAGCUUGCCUUUUUUGAACUCAAUUACCAGUUCCGUACAACUUCUGAACUGCAAUCUGAAGCAAUAAGACACUAUUCAAAACAGGCUAUUAAGCAAAUGUAUGUGCUCAUUCUUGGACUUGAUGUUUUGGGAAAUCCCUUUGGCUUAAUUAGAGAAUUUUCAGAAGGCGUAGAAGCAUUUUUUUAUGAACCUUACCAGGGGGCCAUCCAGGGGCCUGAAGAGUUUGUGGAGGGAAUGGCGCUAGGACUGAAAGCACUGGUCGGCGGAGCCGUUGGUGGGCUAGCUGGUGCUGCCUCCAAAAUCACCAGUGCUAUGGCGAAAGGGGUAGCAGCCAUGACGAUGGAUGAAGACUACCAGCAGAAGAGAAGAGAAGCAAUGAAUAAGCAGCCAGCUGGCCUUAGAGAAGGCAUCACUCGUGGAGGAAAAGGCCUGGUUUCUGGUUUUGUAAGUGGCAUUACAGGGAUUGUUACAAAACCAAUUAGAGGUGCUCAAAAGGAAGGAGCAGCAGGUUUCUUCAAAGGUGUCGGGAAAGGUUUAGUUGGAGCAGUGGCCAGGCCAACGGGUGGCAUCAUAGACAUGGCCAGCAGUACCUUUCAGGGAAUCAAAAGAGCUACAGAGACUUCUGAAGUGGAAAGUCUGCGACCGCCCCGGUUCUUUAAUGAAGAUGGAGUUAUCCGACCUUACAGACUAAGGGAUGGUACAGGAAAUCAAAUGUUACAGGUCAUGGAAAAUGGAAGAUUUGCAAAAUACAAGUAUUUUACCCAUGUCAUGAUCAAUAAAACAGACAUGUUCAUGAUAACAAGACGUGGUGUGUUGUUUGUGACAAAGGGAACAUUUGGACAGCUUACAUGUGAAUGGCAGUAUAGUUUUGAUGAAUUUACCAAAGAGCCAUUCAUUGUCCAUGGGAGAAGAUUGCGCAUUGAAGCAAAGGAACGGGUGAAAUCUGUAUUCCAUGCCAAAGAAUUUGGAAAAAUAAUUAACUUCAAGACUCCAGAGGAUGCUAGGUGGAUCCUUACAAAGCUGGAAGAAGCAAGAGAACCAUCUCCGAGCCUCUGAAGAGGGAGGCCGCUGCCUGAAGGCACUGCAGUUCAUUCUUACAGUUCUGUGCUGUACCCUCCAACCCUGUGGAGAACAGGAGUCAUUUCAAGGACCCUCUGCUUUUAGAUGCUUUCAAACAAACAAAACAGAGCCAACUGGGUAAACAGCUAUGUGAUUAAAAUACUAGAAGGUCCAUUCAGUUUCCUAAUCUGAAUCAUGCAUAUGGUUAUGAUUCCUAAUAUUUUAUAAAAAGAAGUAUUUACUCCAGGAUAGUCUCAGUAGUGUAGAGAGAUUGCUCACAGUCUUCAUGUCAAACAAAAUGUAGUUUCCCAGUUAACGUUGUAAACUUCUCUCAUAGUUACUUUGUCUCCCUGAGGAGUGGAAAAUGAUCAGAUUAAGCACUGCCUCAGUAAUGACAUGAAAACUUUGGUAAUUUCUUCAGAAUCAUGAAGUUCUUUUUACAAAUAAAUAUUUUGGUAUUUUCCUUAUUUUUUUAAAAAAAUGAUUUGGUUUAUACUAAUAUGCAAAGUGUAACUGUGAAAAACAAUCUUUUUUGAGAUUGGACAUAAUAUCCCUUAGAUCCCUUAAAAACUGAGUAUCAUACCCAAAAAGGUAAAGUCCCUCCAGAUCUUUAAAGCCUUGGAAAUACUUUCUCAGGGGAACUCCAUGGAUUUACCCACUUUGUGUUGUUAAUAGACGGUUGUUUUCAAAGGAAAAAAUUAAAGCCUUAAUAAUGCUUACCUUCUGUUUACUGGUAACAGGAAUUUAAAAAUACAAAAAACAAAAACUCUUUCCAACAUCUAAGCUCUAAUAAGUUAUGUUCUAGAAUAAACAGCUUCUGUCAUGAGUUAAAGUGCAAACCCUAAAAUCUAACCAGUAACCAUUCCUAUUGCUUUGGAUUAAGAAUUUCAGGUUUGCCUACUUUAUAGUUAUUCAGGUGAGAAACACUUACUUAAAAAUGCAGGCUCAUCACUACAAAAAUUCUCAACUCCAUCAUAGUAAAAAAAUAAGGUUAAAGGUUUUUUUCCCUUUGGAUUUUGUCCAAGAUCUUUGCUCUUUACUAUCAAAGGACUAUUUAAAGUGAAACAGAAUGAAUGUCCAAUUGUGAACUAUUAAACAGAAUGUCUUAAUCGGUUAUUGAAUAACACACAGUGUUCAGUCUAGAUUGUCAUGUUACCAACUUGUUAUAAAGUGUGUUGAAAUCCAAGCGUCUGUUUGGUCACUGGGUGUUUAACCUGCAGGCUUGGUAAGCCUCUUGCUUUGCUGUAAGAGCUGGAAUGAACAGCAUGCCAGACUGUGGCUGCAGUUGUUGCUGCCCAAAUCCUGCUCAUGUUACCAUCUGAUUACAGAUUGUAUUGGUGGAGUCUCCCAAAAUGCUUUCUCUGCUAAACAUAAAUUGAAUCAAAAGAUGACACAUCUUUAAUUGUUGUGGUUGUGUAUCCCCAAGAUGACCUUUCUUCAAGGUAAAGUACAAGUUUUCUCUGUUGCUGAGCCCCUCCAAGUUUGCAGAUUAAACCUGUGAAGAGAGGUAGUUAGAAGGGCUGGAGAGAUGGCACAGUGGUUAAGAGCACUAGCUGCCCUUCCAGAGGACCUGGGUUCAAUUCCCAGCACCCACGUGGCAGCUCACACCUGUCUGUAACUCAGUUCCAGGGAAUCUGACACCCUCACACCAGUGCACAUAAAAUUAAAUAAAUUCUUUUUUAAAAAAAAUAGAAGGUUGGUAUCAUCUCCUUAUCUGGAAUGUUGCUUUCCUAGCAUCCCAGUCACUGCCAACAGUUAAAUACCUCAUUAGUUACUUCUUUCAUGAGUUCUGAAAAAUUAGAUUCAUAACUCCCCAAGUGUGCCAUGAUAAAGUGCAAAAGUAAUAGCUAGUAUAGCAAUUCUGUAUCUUCUGGCAGCCAGCAGGAUGUGUUUUAUUACUAGUGCACACACAUAGCUAAUGUGCCUGUCCUCCUUGUUCCUGUAUCAGUAAAAACUGAGAAAUAGCUCUUGUUCUUUAUGAAUCAGGUAUCUAUCACCUCCUCCAAUCACUCUCCCUGUGCAGUAGAAAGACACAGGUUGUUCUAGGAUAAUGUAUCUAAACAAUGAAAACUAGGAACAUUAACUACCAUUAACAUAGAUGAGGCACUAGCAUAACGUUUUAUAAUUUACAGUUACAUGUUUGAUUCUGUAGUCUUUUUCAGAAUCCAGAAUCUUUUGAGAAGAAUCAUCCAGGAACCAUAGUGUUCAGAUUCCUCCAGUAGCUUUGCUUUCACAGUGUUUAGGGGAGCGUCCUUCCCUAGCAUCUGGUGUCUUGGGGUUUUCCAUGAUCUCUAUCAUAAUCCUAUCCCUUUUUUUCUGAUAUGUAGUAGCAGUAGUAUCCCGGUAUCAAUUCCUACCAAGUUUUACAAAACAAGAAAAUACUCAACACUGAAUUUCCUGUUCUUUGGUAUCACCAUGUUGGCUCAUUCUUUAGCCUAUCCCAUUCGUUCCCUUGUAUAGGCCUCUGCAUUAAAAAGAUCAAAUCAAAAGGCAUAUGCCAUAUGUACUUAGAGGUGUCUGAAGCUAUCAGAUCUGCCUGUUAUCUCGGAUGCAACUGAAAUCCUCAGUGGCAGUGUUUUUAAAUUAUAGGUCUUAACCAGUGGAUCAUGAAAUCAGUUUAAUAGCUAAAGAUAACCAUAUUUUAAAAAUGGAAUAGUAAAGAAAUACAGGAACAAGAGAACACAUAAGAACAAAUGUUCGCCGGGCGGUGGUGGCGCACACCUUUAAUCCCAGAACUCGGGAGGCAGAGGCAGGCAGAUCUCUGUGAGUUCAAGGUCAGCCUGGUCUACAGAGCUAGUUCCAGGACAGUAAGGACUGUUAACACAGAGAAACCUUGUCAUGGAAGAAGGAAAAAAAAAAAGAACAAAUGUUCUGUUUAUAACUUAAAAUGUUAUCACUUUGUAGUGUUAGAUUUUAAAAAAUGAAUAAAAAGCCUAAAAGACUAGAGCUAUCCAUAAGUGCUGGAACUGUGGCCAUGAUCAGGGUUCUUCCUGGAAGCAGGGUGGUUUGGUUGUAUGUUUCUUAGGUAAUGAAGAGCAGACUCAGAGCACAGUGGUCAUCUUUAGGAUGAGAAGUCAGGAGAGCUUGUUCUAGUGUAUGAAAUGUUUUACUUCCCUUUCCUCAUAGACUAUCGAUGGAACCAGAAAAGGGAUAGAAAAUUAACUCAGGCAGAUGACAUACAAAAAGACCACAGGCUGUGGUAGAGCCCCCUCACUGUAGGGCAUCUUACUCUCAUCGACCUUCUAUCUGGCUCCUGCAGGUGGCGAAGAUCCUGAAAAACAGGUAGCUAACAAUGUAAGGGGCAUUAUUGUAGAGCCAGAAUACUCACCUGCUGAGGGUACCAUACAAAUAAAUAUCAGUACAUUUUUAACUAAAAAUACUGCAUUUCCUCAUUUCCAUAAGACCCAAGUAGAAAAGGAAGACUUGCAUUUCUUAUAUCAGAUUCAGUGGAUCCAAACUCAUCAGUCUGAUUUCUGUUGGUGCUGCAUAGAAUCACUUACCAGUCCUCACUCUAGAAAAGAACCCUUUGUCCUCUGCCUAAUCCUUUGGGUAUAUUUUUGAAGUUUAUACUUCAUUGUUAAUGCUAACCCGCUUGUGUUUUUUAUGAUCUGUUGUGUGUAGUGUGGAGGGGUGAGCAUUAUACCCAAUAGCAUGACUUUCCCCACUGACCUAGAAGGUGGUGCCUUGCUAAAUGAGAAGGGGCUGUGUCUUACUCAGAAGCCCUGCUAAUGUUGCUUUAAUUAAAACCUUUUCUACUUUAUUGCUUCUUUUGUAAAAUAAUCUUGUGUCAUUUCAAAGUAUUUUUACUUUAGCAUUAUGGGUUCUUGAUUUUUUCUUUUUAAGCUUUAUAGCAUUUUUUUUUUUUUUUUUUUUUUUUUGGUUUUUCGAGACAGGGUUUCUCUGUGUAGCUUUGCGCCUUUUCCUGGAACUCACUUGGUAGCCCAGGCUGGCCUCGAACUCACAGAGAUCCACCUGGCUCUGCCUCCCGAGUGCUGGGAUUAAAGGCGUGCGCCACCACCACCCGGCUUAUAGCAUUUUUUAAAAGAGAAAAAUUCAAGUUACCCAAAGCUUGACACAUAAAAAAUGUAACUUCAGAUUUUAUAGGUCGAUAUGAGUAUUUUUUAAAACUUGUUUUUUAUAGAAAUAUAAAUGUGAGUUGUAGUUUAAAACCUGCUGUGAUCCAUAUCAAAUUGCCUUCAAUCUGUCAUUGAACAUACUUCUGUGAUAGCAGUGCUUUCUUCUAGUAAAUCUUUGUAAUGAGGACCCUCAUGAGGCUAUUAAAAUAAAAAUAUCUAAUGAUUACAAGUGUUACCUACAGCAGAGCAUGAUAAAAAGCCUCAAUGUUUAUAAUGUCAUCAUACCAUCAUUAUCUAGUUGACUAUUCAAAAGUUUCCCAUAUCUGGGCAGAAAAACAUUUCAAAAAGCAACAUUCUAUAGCUUAGAAUAGACUAUUCUUAGUAUCAGUGAUAAUACACUCAAGCCCACCAAUAAUUAUAAAUUAUAUUUAGAACUUGUUAGAGCGCACAUGUAUAAAUUUUUUAAAUGGUCAUCUCUGUAUACAAGUGUGUUACAAUGAAUGAAAUUGUUGGAGAAGGUAUUCUUUAAAAAUACCUCUUCUUCCUAGUUUUUCAAUUGUGCAUUUCCAUUUUUAUGAACUGUCCAGACUAGUGUCGUAACUAUUUUUAUAUUGACUUAAUAGCCUGUACUUCUUUGGAAUGUUUAUUAUUUGGUGAAAACAUGGCCAUUGGUUACUAUGGGUUUUAAAAGUAUUCCUCAUUGCAUCACUAGUUCCUUCACUUUUCUAUUCCUUAUAUCUCUUAUCUGUGAACAUGACCUAAUUACCUAUUACACAGUGGUUGCCUUAGUUUUGUGUGUUUUGAUAUAAAUAGUCUAUAAACACAGGCAUUUCAAAUGUGGUUCUUACUCUUAAAACUGAUCUUAGUCUUCUUCUUCCUAAAAAUUGGCUGGAAAUACUAACACUUGAAAUGGUACUUAUUUCUUGGAGGUGGUAGAUUUCGAUUGCAUGCUAAAAUGGCUACCCAGUUUAACCAUAUGUGAGUCCAAUAAAGCUUUCCUGUCUUCGGUC